AUGCCGCCCUUUCCAGCAUCAUCGAGGGCGGUCGAUGAUGGGCCCAUCACUCCCUUGAUCCUACUCCGUGUCUCUCAAGUUGCUGCUAUUGCUAGUCAGCCUAUGCCCGUCGGCGGUGGCGAUCCGGGUUUGGUUUUGGCUCGUGUCUUGCUCGUCCUGCGUGUCUACGACAUUUGCCAUGACGGCGACUGGCUGCAACUGAACCGCACCCAGCUCCCUGCGCUAGGCUAGCCGGAAGUGGUUGGGUUUCGUUUCUUUUCUCUGUGUUUCAUUCAUACAUUCAUUCAUGGGGAGGGAUAUGGAACAGAGAUGUUGUGCAGACGUUGGGCUUCUUUCUCUUCUGUCUCUUCUGUCAAAUUCCUCACCUAAGUCGCACCAGUCG